AUGUCAGGGUGCGCUCUAGAUUUCAGCACACCAUCACCAGAACCCGAAUCUGUCCCUCCAGAUCAAACACCCACAGAUGAAAUCAUACAGCAACUCGUCGAAAUCAACAAAUCUCUCAAGUCAGCAAUUGAAUUCUCGAACAAUAGACUCUUUGGCCUGUUCGGCGUCAUGCGAACAGAAAUGUCCUUAGACCCUGGCCUGCUCCGCGGCAAAGAGAGCUUGGAAGACUUUGAGCGCUGGGUGAAGCAAAUCAAGAUCUUGUGCAGGGUACGGUAUGAGGGGUUCGACGAAAACUUUCAGGCCUUUCUGGUAGUCCGGCUUUUGCGAGGGAUGGCGUUUGAUGCAGCCACGGCUGAUUGGGAUUUCGAUGGACCGAUGCCUCCGACCAAGAUCGACAGGAACACGAUAUUCCAGAGACUGAGAGAGCACUUUGUCGGACGUGAACAGGCGGGUUCAUAA